AUGACCUGGGAAACUAUCGCCGCCCAGAAACGCAAGGCCCUCAUAGCCUCUAUUCCCACCGAAUGGGUGAUCCCUUCUAAUUUUCUUCCUCCUGAGAGCCAGCUGGAUGUGACGGGGUUUCCCAAGCAGUCGGGCUGGUUCACCGACCACGAACUGGCGAUAAUUUCCACACCGGCACCGGAACUUCUCGUGAACAUAGCGACAGGGUCGUGGACAUCUGAGGAAGUUACUCGCGCAUUCUGUAAAGCUGCUGCCGCUGCUCACCAAUUGACCAACUGCCUGUCCGAGAUCUUAUUUGAAAAGGCCAUUGCCCGCGCGCGCGAGCUGGACAAGUAUCUCCAGACAACCGGCAAGACAAAGGGCCCUUUUCACGGUCUUCCCAUUUCAAUCAAAGAUAACUUCAAUAUUAUUGGUCACGACUCUACCGUCGGCUUCACCUCGUUGGUCAAUGACCCGGCCACCUACAACAGCACCUUGAUCGACCUACUUCUUGCCGCUGGAGCCGUGCUCUACGUCAAGACCAAUGUACCCACCGCCAUGAUGAUAGCUGAGUCUGUCAAUAAUGUCUUCGGCCGUACUGUUAACCCCCGUAAUCGUAACCUGACCUCCGGUGGCUCUUCGGGAGGCGAAUCUGCUUUGAUCGCCUUCGGCGGGAGUCGACUGGGCGUGGGAACCGAUAUUGGGGGGUCCCUGCGGAUUCCUGCGGCAUGCACGGGCAUUUUUACGAUCCGGCCCUCCUCUGGUCGGUUCCCAAACUUCCAAACUCGCUCUGGUCUUGCAGGACAGGAGGCCGUGAACAGUGUCAAUGGCCCCAUGGCCUCGACACUGGCGGAGAUAAUGCUCUGGGCCAAGACCGUCGUCGACCAUCAGCCCUGGAUACACGAUCCCAAGUGCCUGCCCAUCCCCUGGCGGACGGUGGCUCCUAAACGAAACCUCAAGAUCGCUGUGCUGUGGCAGGACGAUGAAGUCACCCCUACGCCGCCUGUCGCGCGAGCGCUAGAGGAGACGGUCACCAAGCUGCGGCGGGCCGGCCACGAAAUUGUCAACUGGGCAUCAACCGGGCACAAAAAUCUGCUAUCUAUUUUGUCACGCAUGUUUGUGGCGGACGGCGGAAAAUCAGUCACGAAGCUGCUCGAACAGACGGGGGAGCCCUUCCGGCCGGAGAUGAAGGCCUAUGCCGAGGCGUCGGAAUUGGGUGUUCACGAGAUGUGGCAGCUUCAACUAGAACGCAAUACCACCUGCAAAGCAUACCUAGAUCGGUGGAACAAGACUGGUAUAGAUGCUAUCCUAUGCCCCACGACACCGUACAGCGGCGUUGAGAACGGAAAGUUCGCGUAUAUUGGGUAUACGGGCGUUUUCAACGUUCUGGAUUACCCUGCUGUCUCUUUUCCUUGCGGCGUGUACGCUGACAAAGUGAUUGACGCGGCCUAUGCUGACAAUGAGCCGUUGAGUGAAGUUGAUACCCAGAUCCGGAAAGACUAUGAUGCGGAUGUCGUGCAUGGGAUGCCAGUCAAUCUGCAACUCGUCGGGCGACGACUAGAGGAUGAGAGUGCCUUGAUGAUGACUGAGGUGGUCCUCCAGGCACUGAGUUGA